AUGGAACUUCCUUCCUCAAGGUUGGGUUCACUCUACAAGGAUUUUCGACCAUUGAAAGAGCUAAAUCCUGACGGAUAUGCUGCCAACAUUAGCACUUGGAAAGAAUAUCUGAAAAAUCGAUUCCUUAAUCGAAAAUGUCUGUUCACCUCCGGUACUGAGCUUUUGCAAGAGUUAUCUAACGACGUUUAUGGAUUUCCCAAAAGUUUAGACGUGGUUAUCGAUACCUUAGUACAAGAAGGUUACCUGAUUUCUAGUGAUGAUUUUUAUGGACAAAGAAUGUAUUCUAAGGAGUAUCCUAAGCUCAUGCAGUGGAUUGGGCUUGGUAAGAAUCGAUUUUUCAAAAGUAGGCGAAAUGAAGAUGGUUACUACCUUAAGGAGUUGCAAUUGAUUGUAAAAUCAAAUGUUGAAGUCAAAUUCAAAAGUAUUGCCAGUCGGAUUAAUGAUAGAAUAAUUAAGAGUGCUACGGGGAUCACAGACUUGGUAAUGCCGUUGGAAGAAUUUUUUACGAAGACUGGAUUUCAUGAAAUAGUUGAUAAUGAUGAUGACCAGGAAAUCCUUUUGUUUUACAUGGCUCACUACACAGGGACCAUAUUCAAGGAGUCCAAUUUCAUUAAAAUAAUAGACCCCACAAGAGAUAAUAAAGAUUUGACUGAAAAUGAUCGCAGGAUAGCUGAUUUAAAACUGGCGAUUUCUAGCGUUUCCAAACAAGUGAAAAAGAUGCAAAAUGAAAAGAUGGAUUAUUCCAAAAUUUUAACUCAAUCUAUGAGAGAUGGUGCUUCUAGAGAUACUCAGAGAAAGUUCUUGCAGGCCAGGAAAAUUGCGGAAAGGUAUUUAAACCGUUUAUUGGAAUAUCAAAAUAACCUUUUAGAGAUUAAAUCUCAAAUUGAAAUGUCCAUCACAAAUGAAAUAUUGGUGACAACUUUAAGUGAUGCCAAUGAAACAUUGAAAUCUGUUACUAAAUAUUCAAUGUCGGUGGAACAAGUCGAGGGUUUAUUAGAUGAGCUAAAGGAUCAUAGAGAACAAAACGAUGAAAUUGGUCGUAUGCUGUCAGGAACAGAUGAGAUCAUUGACGAAAAGGAAUUAGAUGCAGAGUUAGAAUCUCUAGACAAGAAGAUAGAAGAUCAAGAAUCUACUUCAGAGGUCUUGGACCGUUUGAGCCAUUUGAAAUUAGGUGAAACAACAGAACAAACACCCGUGAGCGAGACGCCCAGAAAAGAGGAAGCUAACUCAAAGCAACUCAUCACCGAAUAUGAUUAA